AUGGCGAACACAUCGUCUUUCUUAGGUCACCCAGGUGGUCGGCCGAGACAGUACCGUACUCCUUCGCCCCCGCGACGCGCUAUCGAGCCGAUAUCUCCUGCUCUCAAAACCGAGCGCCAUGCCUUUUGGAAUGAACGCAGCGUCUUCUACCCUCGAGGCUACGAUGGAAAUCUACACAGCAUUGCAAAUGGCCCCUCUCGACAGUCAAUUGGGACCAGUCAGUCCCGCGCCUCGUUUAACAGGCCAGCGACACAACCGAAAGCUGGCCACGGUCACCACCGAGCCAGCUCAAGCAUUGAAACACUUGCGAACAUAGCACUAGCGACAAGUCCCAGGUUUCCUUCUUCUAUGUCGUUUGAGCCUUCUCGAAAUGCAGUGGACGCAGAUUCCUCGCCCCUGUUCCCAUCGACCGACGCUGAACCCGAGCGGCCUGCUAAACGCGCGCGGUCGGAGAAGGCAUCGCCUGCAUUCCAACGUAUUGACGCACGGCCGUCGACCAGCCAUGUUGCCAUCCCAGAUAGCAUGAAGACUGACGCUGAACUUCUGUUGAAUUUCGCCCGCCCGACUAAUUUUGCGCCUCCUCGCCAGUACGCGCCUCCUACUAAAGGCUUUGAUCGGCCUCCCCAGCAUUUUGCAAUGGACCAAAGGUUGCCUUUAGGCAAUGGCGCUAUUUCAAGUUUCCCGGGCUCAUUAACAGACGUCUUGUCCGGAAGUACUGAGUCACCCUCGCGGUUACGAUCUCAUUCGGAUGGAUCAGCUGCUAUUGCGCGGCCAGUUAUUCCGGGAUUACGACCGAACACGAGUUCCUCCAUGUUACCUGGAACUUCCUGGGAGGGGGAUAAUAACAUACAAAAUCCGUUGCCAAACUUACCAGAUGAGCAACAAUUUGUUCAGCCACCAAAACGCCGUCCUACCAUUAGUGAUGGGGCCAUGGACUUUGGUCCAAAGACAAAGGAAGAGGCGGCGCAAUCAGAAGAAAUUGCUCCAACAAACUGUGCAGCAUGCCAUCUAGUGCGCAUGGACGUGAAUAGCGAGGAUCAAGGUGCAGAUACUUGGAUUAAAUGCGACGGCUGUGAGAGUUGGCAUCAUAUUGUCUGCGCCGGCUUCAAGAACGACCGUGAAGUCCGCACAGUCGAUAAAUUCAUCUGUCGGAAAUGCCGUCCAGUUCACGGCCAGACUACUUUUGUCCGCAAGUCAUCUCGCGCAAGAACAGCUAUCGACUACGCAGGUUUGAACCAGGGCCUCGUCAAGACUUCCACGGAUUCCUAUGAGCACCAUUAUAUCCAGCCUAUCAAAGAUGGAAGGAUACAAUUUCUACCGGAAAAUUUCCCGCGCAUGAGAGCGGAGCUAGUGACUGCGGAAUUUUUUGAAAGGGGAGUCGGCAUGACCGAGCCUAUUGUCAUUCCAGCUGCCCUUAACCCUCGUACCUCUGUUGACAUGACGGAGCUGGACUCUGCUUUCGACAAUCUGGCGAGCGAAGCUCCCACCCAGGAGAUGUUUGAUGAGCUACUGGAAAAUUAUCCGGACGAGCCUGAGACGGUCAUCGAUUGUGGGCAAGACACAUUAGAUAUGGUAAUCCCAAGGGGCCUCACAGUUCGCACUGUCGCUCAACUGUAUGGGCCAGAGGAAAGAGUUGAAGUCAUUGACGUUAAAUCUCAGCAAGGCGAGGACAAAAGGUGGAAUAUGCAAAAAUGGGCCGAUUACUAUGAGAGCACAGGGAAGAAACCCGUGCGAAACGUCAUCAGUCUGGAAGUAUCGCAGAGCCAACUGGGCAAAUUGAUUCGUCGACCGAAGAUCGUUCGUGACCUUGAUCUUCAGGAUUCUGUUUGGCCGAGCGAGCUCACGGCUGUCGGUGAUUACCCCAAAGUUCAAUUCUAUUGCUUAAUGUCAGUGGCGGAUUGCUAUACGGAUUUCCACAUUGACUUUGGGGGUUCCUCGGUCUAUUACACCAUUCUCAAGGGCAAAAAGACAUUCUUUUUCAUACCUCCGAAGGAAAAGCAUCUGAAAAAGUACGAAGAAUGGUGCAAUUCUCCGGCCCAGGAUACAACGUUCCUCGGUGACCAAACCAAGGAGUGCUAUCGAGUGGAUUUGGAAGAAGGCGACACCAUGCUUAUCCCUGCUGGCUGGAUCCAUGCAGUAUGGACGCCGGAGAACAGCCUUGUUAUUGGGGGCAACUUUCUCACUCGCAUGAACUACGGAAUGCAGAUCAAAAUCGCAAAGAUUGAAAAGGACACCAAAGUUCCGCGCAAAUUCAGAUACCCCUUUUUCCAGAAGAUUCAGUGGUACACUGCGCUGAAGUAUUUGAAUGAUGAUCCUAUUCCGGAUACGGUUCUUGAUGCCUUUACUCAUGAUGAACAAUAUCGCUUCUACCGGCAGUUUCCCAUCUACUAUGAGUUUGGAGAAAGGGAGAAUCGCUCAGCCCCGGGCUCUCCUUAUUACAAUGCACGCUUCUAUUCACAGGCAGAGUUGGAGGGAUUGCCUGAGUUGCUUAAAUACCUUUUGCGAACUGCACUUGUUGCUGGUGGGUACUCCGUAGACGGGGUUACAAUAGAGAGCCGCGUCGCGAUCAAAAAAUCCAUUCCCAAGAUGCAGGGAGAACCGCUCGAGGUAGUCAAGAAAUUUGCGGUCUGGAUAGCUUGGAAACGAGGAAACGAAUAUCCCGCUCCAUGGAUACGGCCUGGCGUCAUUUCCAGUACAUUCAAAAUCGACCAACUGGACAAAAGACCAGCUGGACGUCCUAGUCGUCGGUCCGAGCGACAUGCAGAUGCUCAAAAGAUGUAUGCGGAAAGGCAAAGCCUCCAACUCAUUUCUGAUCAGCUUCCGGAAUCUCAGAACCCUAUUCUAAGCUCCACGCCCAAUCCUCCUGACAACGUAAUUCAGCCGCCUCAACCGGUUCCAGUGGUCAUCAACCCGGCUGUCAAUAGUCCAGUCAUCAGCACUAGCCCGACUACUAAAGAGGAAUCUCUCAAACCUCGAAAUACAACAAAAGGUUCGGGUUUGGGACCGAAGCGAGUAGCUUGUGAUGCAUGUCGGAAAAGGAGGAUACGGUGCCGCCACAAGGAUGAGCAGAGCGAUAGCUUGCCACUAGGAGUGUCACCAAACCCGCCACAUCCAGGCGCUAUGUUUGACGCUGUUGAUCCGCAGAGGCAGUCUAUUCUGGCCCAUGAUGCAGCUUCUGUACUUAAUGCGCUAGCAUUUGUUGCCACGGAGUCGACCCUUCCGGAAGGCAGCGAGCAUAUGGCACUGAAUACGAGUGACGGGUAUCCUCGAGACAACGUCGGUCUCUUGAGUGGUAUCUCGCAAUCGGCGUUUCCACGGUCCAUGGAUGGCAGUCUAAACGGUAUUAGUGGUGGAAAGAAGGGGAGAAGUAAGGCGUGCGACGAAUGUCGCAAGAGCAAGCGUCGAUGCAUUCAUGACGAGUAUGGACGAAUCGACCCUGUCAAAGCGCAGGAACGGUCAAAACCUCGAGCGACUUCGUCAACGAAGCGGGCGAGGCCGAGUGAAGACGGCAUUGAUGCAGCGACGAUUAAAAAGGUUAAGCCAGAAGCUGGCGCUGUCCCUGGCAUCGAGGACGACCAAACCACUGUGCCUUACUUUCCUACUCCCAGGACUCACCUCCUAGACGAAGAGCAACCGCCGCAUCACAAACAUGACAAUGAAGUGCUGUCAACAGUACAGUCUCCACCAGAAGACAAGCCCGUCCAGUUGAAGCAUCUUGAAGCAGAGAACGCUUCAUACACUUUAUCUCCAGGUGCAAAGACCAAUGGAGACGCAGGGACGAUAGAUCAACCGACAAAUCCACUAGUAUCCCCGCCUACUUCACUUGCAGGGGAAACAGAGGUAUUACCGCCAGAUCACCAUCGUCACGACGAACUUCAUAGCAGCAGCGUCAUUGUCGAAGGUGAAACCGAGAUACUACAUACACCGACAUCAAGCUCUCGCCACUCAUCCCGUCAACCACGCCAGGUCGAUCGAUAUAUUCCCGAGCAAACACAUCACGCAACAAAAUCAACAGCAGCAUUAACACCAUUCUCUCGACAGACGGCAAAGCCUUCAACAAAGAAAUCAUCCUCUCGACCUAGUUCAUCACACACCAAGAAAAGCGCCUCGCCCAGCAUUGACAAAAAGCAGCAAUCAACAACAACCACCACUUCUCGUCCAUCCUCAUCGCAUCGGAACACUGCUCCUGUAAACAAAAACGUGAAACGCGAACGAACCAGUUUCACAGCCGAGGACACCGACGCGGAGAGUCUGAAGUUAAUCAGAGAGAUCCAGGAACAGGAAUUCGGUCUUCGACGACGGACUACGCGCGUUUAA